AUGGCGCCCUCACUGCUUUCCCCCAACAUCCCCCACGUCCUCCUGCAGUACAUCUCCCCGCCGUCUCAGCUUACGCAGCCGAUUCCCUCGCAUCUGCUCUCCCAAACCCUCCUCCAGCGCCAUCACUAUCUCCGCCUUACCCCAGAUACCCCGGACGAGUACCUCUGUUGGCCUUCUUCCCCGGAGAAGAGAGCCCAGAUCCUCGACCUUCUCGAAUCCCGCCCAAAGCCCCUCGAUGACGAUCAGCCUCUCACCUUUCCCAUCCAGUACUCGUUCGACGGCGAGGAGUUCUUCGCCCAUGUAAACGUCUCGGACGACGGCGAUGGCGUUCGCCUCAUUCUUCAGUGGCACGACGCAGGAGACUGGAGAUAUCACAACCUCGACCUCAUGCCGUUCCCCUCGGGGAGUCGCAGCAGCUUGGAGGACAUUCUCGUCCCUCCUGCAAGCCCUGUGCGUCCAGUUACGGCCCAUGCACCCGCCUUGCGCGAAAGCUCUCUAGCUAGUGACGAGGAUGAAGACGAUUAUUGGAAUUCUUACGGCUCCACCGACAUCGGGGACAGCGCAUAUUCCGACGGGAUACCCACAUGUCGCAAGGACACAUCGUCCUCUGAAGACGCAUAUUGGGCGCAGUACUCCUCUGUUCAUGGCACCGCGGAUUCUACCAUUCCCUCACCUGUAGCACCAAAUCGACGGAAGCCACUUCCGGCAGUGCACGCCGAAGGGGUUGACGAACAAGAGUCGUCACAUCCCCCCAAAGCUCCGUACGCGGAGUCUUACGACGAGCCGCUGUCCAUUCCUCCGUCGAUGCUAUCGCGACCACCUAUAGGUUCCCGGUGGGAUCCAGCCUCUCCGUCCGCGCUCGCCCAUCUUCUUUCCACCAUCUCUCCGCGCUCGAGUCCUCUCCCGAGCCCUGCGUUAGAUGGUCUGUUCGAACCGGAAGAGGAGCUUAGCUCUCCAACCAUUGGCGAUUCCGAGUCGUCGUCCUCAUCGGCCUUGGGCUUGUCCCAGCCCGCCCUCGUGGCCACUGGGAUGCCGAUACCCAGCGCGGGCGCCUUCGUUGCCUCUGUUCCGUAUCUUCACCGAACGGGUACAGUGGAGGAGGAGGCCAGCGCCGAAGAAGACGAAGACGAGGCGGAUCUCAAAAUCGCCCUAGCAGGCGUCUGGAGACUUUGGAAGAAGAAGACGGGUCGAAACGACUUCUUGAUGACCAGACAUGUAAGCACACGCUUGUGGCUGCCAUUCGCUCAUGUGCAUGCUGAUGCUGGGUGCUUCCUUCAUCCAGCUCUCUUCAGACGAACCUUUGAGACAAACACGCAGCUGCACGCGCGGGUUGAGGAGCUUGAGCAGGAACUCUCUGUUUGGAAAGAGGCUUUCAAAACUGCGGAUGGCGACCGUAAGGUCCUGAACAAGACGGUCCUGAGGCUAGAGAGGAAUAUUGGUGCUCUGAAGGAAGACAACCCUCUGGUCGUGUGCCUCAUUGACGGAGACGGCAACAUCUUCUCCUCCGACCUCAUCAAGCAGGGCCAAGUAGGCGGUCGACAAGCGGCUAUGCUGUUGACCAAGGGUCUCUCCGAUCACCUUGCGUCAAUCGAUCCUUCAGAGGCGUCUGCCCCAGGGAGAGGGCAAAUAUGGCUCACCAUCUACUGCAACAAGAGUGGACUGGUAGAGACGCUCAUCAGCAACGCGGUUUGCACCAUGGAGGAGUUCGAGGCGUUCAUGCUUGGGUUCAACCAAGCGUCUCCUCUGUUCUCCAUCGUCGAUGUCGGCAGCGGGAAAGAAGCCGCCGACUCCAAGAUUAAAGAGUGUCUCCGCGUCUUCACUCGCUUCCCUCAAACCGUCAGAGUGUUCUUCGGCGGCGCACACGACAACGGCUACACCUCCACGCUCAAUCUCUUGCAGAACGAGGGUCUCUUGGAUAAGAUCGUCCUUCUUAAGGGAUAUAAAGACCUCGCACACGAAAUCCAUAAUUUGAAUUUGCCUCAGUUAGAGAUUGCAGGCGUGUUCAUUCAGAAGAAGCUCUACACCAACGGAAAUAAGAAGGCCAAUGUCUCGACUGCGGCGUUCACUACUCCCCCGAUGGCUGGCACGCCUGCGUCAACGUCAUACAACAAAUCCCCGAAGCCGAAACAUCCCACUGUCCAGCAACAAGACUCUGACAAAGCUCGUCAAUCCAAACCUUCCCCGCCGAGCACAAACUUCCAGGCCUUUACACCAAGCAAGAAGGUCACACCCCUCGACCCGUCCCAGCCUCUUCACAAACAGAGGCCACCUCCCUGCAAUUUCUUCUAUCUCGCACGAUGCAACAACGGAGAACACUGCAAAUAUGAACACAACUACCCGCUUACACCCGAUCAGGUAGGGGAGUUACGAGUGAAUGCGAAGAAGUGGCCAUGCCCUGCAGUCAAUAAUGGCAACCGGUGUCCUCUAGGCGACCACUGCAUCAUGAACCACUUCUGUCCCAAAGGCCUUAAAUGCGUGUUUCGGAAACAGGGAAAGUGCAAGUUCGUUGGAAAGAAAAUCGUAAUCACUAAACCCCGCAAGCCCCGCAAACCUGACCCGUCGAAAAAGCGCGGACUACCCACUCACGACGCGUCAAACCGCGACCUAGGCGCUGACGACGACGACGAAGCAGUCGAGGAGCCUCCGAAAAAAGUUGCCAAGGCCGACCACGGAGAAGGGGUGCGAAGGAGUGCGCGUAACAGAGGGAAGGAGCUCAACUACAAGGACGACGGUGAGGUGGCCGCAAUGCUCCGCGCUCGCGCGCUGCCCCGCGUCGUGAGCGCGGCGCGGGACCCCAAUCUGUCGAAGAGGAAUUAUGACCCUAAGACAUAUGGUGCCAUCCCUGGCGUCCCUGUAGGCUCUUGGUGGGAGACGCGACAAGCAUGCAGCGCGGACUCGAUACAUGCACCGUGGGUUGCCGGUAUUUCUGCUGGUCCUCAUGGGGCAUAUUCGAUUGCACUGUCAGGAGGAUACGAGGAUGACGUUGACUUCGGAGAAGGCUUUACAUUCACAGGGUCUGGUGGCCGCGAUCUCAAGGGCACCAGGAAGAAUCCGAAGAAUCUUCGUACAGGACCCCAGACUUAUGACCAGACCUUUGAUAACCCUUUCAAUGCUGCGUUAAAGCGAUCCUCUGAGACGAAGAAACCCGUGCGCGUGAUUCGUGGCUAUAAGCUUCACUCUGAGUUCGCCCCUGCUGAAGGCUACAGAUAUGAUGGCCUUUACACCGUGGAGCGGGCAUGGCAAGAGCCGGGUAUGAAUCCUAAGGGUCAUCUGGUGUGCAAGUAUGCUCUGAAGCGCAUUCCUGGUCAGCCUCCUCUGCUUACCGCCGAAGAACAUUGCAGCGAAGUAGAUGAAGAUGAACCUACAGACGAAGUCAAUGACAAGGUUAAAGCUUGGCUGAAGAGCGAGGACAACGUCAACUCUGAAGAUAAUGGAGACAAUUAUGAGGCCUGA